UGAAAAACGAACUCGCUCGAAGUAUAAAUCAGCAUUGACGGGGGGGCAUGAGGGAAGCCGAGUCCGAAGCUCUGUAACCUUGGCUCCUUGCAGUGUACACUUCAAACGAUCCAUGGACGACUUCACGGCUCUAAUUUGCCCUAAUUCCCCAUCCGUAUGGGAUGGAAAUCGAAUAUCCGAGUGUUUCGCCAACAUGGUUUUAGGUUUUGGAGUGAAUUUGGUGACUGUUGUUAUGAUUUCUGUCAUCGUAAUUACUCAGAGGAGUGCCAGACAAAAUUGGAGGAUAAAUGUACUAGAAAAGUUCUUCCUGCAUUAUUUUCCUGCUUUUGGAGCGUGUUUGUCUUUUUUGGACGUUGUUUUGCUUUUAAAGAAAGCACUUCAUGGAGAUUUUAUUGUUCAUCAUGAAUGGGUUUUCAGAUGUUCUCAGUUUGCAGUCUGGGCAACUAUCAUACUCUUUUCAAGGUCGGCCAACUAUCAGUUCAUGUUUUGCAACUUGGUGCUUUGUUUCUGGUGGAUUGUAAAACCACUAUUGGGCAUCCUUUACUUGCUAGCAACAUUUUCUUCGUUGGAGAUUUUGAGAUGUCUUAAAGAAAGCUGUGCUGUUUUGAUGGAUAUCGUGUUUGGCAUAUCCAUUAACAUUAUCAGAAUAAAGCAGACAUCUUCCAAGAGCAGUUCAUUGGAAGAGUCACUUAUGCCCACUGACAUUGACCUUGAGGAAGAUGGUCAUAGGGAUUCUGGAAACACACAGAGCUACUGGGAUCUUAUGACAUUUAAAUCUAUCACUUCUGUGUUGAAUCGUGGUGUGAUAAAGCAGCUGGACUUUGAAGAUUUGCUUAGGCUACCUGCUGAUAUGGAUCCAUCUUCCUGUCAUAAUACAUUGUUAAGCUGUUGGCGAGAUCAGUGGAUUAGUAAUCGCUCUAAUCCCUCAUUGUUUAGAGCAAUCUGUUGUGCAUAUGGGUGGCCAUAUGUUCGCCUAGGUUUGUUAAAGGUGCUUAAUGAUUGUAUUGGUUUUGCGGGACCAUUGCUUCUCAAUAAGCUGAUUCGAUUUCUUCAACAAGGUUCUGGGCAUUUGGAUGGCUAUGUUCUUGCAAUAUCCUUGGGGCUCACUUCUGUCUUUAAAUCCUUUUUGGAUACACAAUACAGUUUCCAUCUUUCCAAGCUGAAGCUAAAGUUACGAUCUGGUAUCAUGACUGUAAUCUACCAGAAGUGUCUAUGCAUCAGCCUAGCAGAGCGGUCGAAAUUUUCUGAGGGGGAAAUUCAGACAUUCAUGUCCAUAGAUGCUGAUAGAACUGUCAACUUGUGUAACAGUUUCCACGAUAUGUGGAGCUUGCCAUUGCAAAUAGGAGUGGCUUUGUGUCUUUUGUAUAUGCAAGUCAGAUUUGCUUUUGUCUCUGGAAUUGCAAUAACCAUCUUAUUGAUACCAGUCAAUAAAUGGAUUUCUAAAUUGAUUGCGAGGGCUACUGAAAAAAUGAUGAAGCAAAAGGAUGAGAGGAUAAGAAGGACUGGUGAACUUCUGACGCAUAUUCGCACUUUGAAGAUUUAUGGCUGGGAGCUUCUUUUUUCUAGCUGGUUGAUGGAGACGAGAUCUUCAGAAGUGACACAUCUAACUACGCGGAAAUACCUGGAUGCCUGGUGUGUAUUCUUUUGGGCCACAACACCCACUCUUUUCUCCCUGUUCACAUUCGGACUCUUUACACUCAUGGGACAUCAGCUUGAUGCUGCAACGGUCUUCACUUGUCUUGCUCUGUUUAAUACCUUGAUAUCUCCUCUAAAUUCAUUUCCAUGGGUCAUUAAUGGACUCAUUGAUGCCAUUAUAUCUACUAGACGAUUGAGCAGGUUCCUCGCUUGCUCUGAGCGCAAACCUGAGGUGGAACAAACAGCUGAUUCUCCUUCACCAAUUUCUUUGGAUGAACAGUCUGAAGCUACCUUUAGAAAUAUGGCUAUUGUUAUCCAUGAUGCAUGUUGUGCUUGGUCAAGCAGUGAUGAAAAAGAAUUGAAUAUGGUGUUGAAUCAUGUGACUCUAGACCUCCCAAAGGGUUCCUUUGUUGUAGUAAUUGGAGAGGUUGGUUCAGGUAAAUCAUCCUUAUUAAAUUCAAUUUUGGGAGAAAUGCACCUUCUUCAUGGAUUAAUACAUUCAAGUGGAUCUAUAGCAUAUGUACCACAGGUACCAUGGAUUCUAUCUGGAACAAUACGAGAUAAUAUAUUGUUUGGAAAGAAUUAUGAUCCCAGAAGAUACUCAGAUACUUUACAGGCAUGUGCACUGGAUGUUGAUAUUUCGUUAAUGGUUGGGGGAGACAUGUCUUAUAUUGGAGAAAAAGGAGUGAACAUAUCAGGUGGACAGAGAGCUCGUCUUGCUUUGGCGAGGGCUAUUUAUCAUGGCUCCGAUAUUUUUAUGCUUGAUGAUGUCCUCAGUGCAGUUGAUGCUCAGGUUGCUCAUCGGAUUUUAUAUAAUGCAAUUCUGGGUCCUCUUAUGAAGCAACACACGCGUGUACUUUGUACGCAUAAUGUUCAGGCAAUAUCUUGUGCUGAUUUGGUGGUUGUAUUGGAAAAAGGAAAUGUGAAGUGGGUGGGGAGUUCAGCUGACUUGUCAGCUUCAUCAUAUUCAGCAUUCUCUCCACUAAAUGAAUUUGAUACAUAUUUGCACAUUCAAAGACAAGAGUCCAGCGUGGAUACUAAUUCUGAAGUCAAACUAAAUAUCCUAGAAAAAAAUACUGUUGGUGUGUCGGAGGAAGCACAAGAGAUAAUUGAAGUUGAGCAACGAAAAGAGGGCAGAGUUGAACUUACUGUAUAUGAGAAUUAUGCUGCAUUUUCUGGUUGGCUUAUUACUGUUGUAAUAUGCUUGUCAGCAAUUUUAAUGCAAGCUUCUCGUAAUGGGAAUGAUCUGUGGCUAUCGUUUUGGGUUGAUACAACAACAGGAAGUGGUCAGUCAGAAUACUCCACCUCCUUUUAUCUGGUUAUACUCUCCAUCUUUUGUAUCAUAAAUUCCUUUCUUACAUUGGUGAGGGCAUUCUCAUUUGCAUUUGGCGGAUUACGAGCUGCAGUUAAGGUGCAUAACACACUGCUUUAUAAGCUUAUCAAUGCACCUGUCCAAUUCUUUGAUCAGACACCAGGUGGAAGGAUACUCAACAGGUUGUCUUCUGAUCUCUAUACAAUUGAUGACUCUCUUCCAUUUAUUCUCAACAUUCUCUUGGCCAAUUUUGUUGGCUUGCUGGGGAUUGCUGUAGUUUUGUCAUAUGUACAGGUCUACUUCUUGCUCUUGCUGUUGCCGUUUUGGUAUAUCUACAGCAAGCUUCAGUUCUUCUACAGGUCAACAUCACGGGAACUGCGAAGGCUGGACAGUGUUUCUCGUUCUCCCAUAUAUGCAUCCUUCACAGAAACACUGGAUGGGUCAUCAACUAUAAGGGCAUUCAAGUCUGAGGAGUUUUUCUUCACCACAUUCACUCAGCAUGUUACAUUGUACCAGAAAACUUCUUACACAGAAUUGACAGCAAGUUUGUGGCUUUCCCUGCGUCUUCAGUUGUUAGCAGCAUUUAUCAUCUCAUUUGUUGCCAUGAUGGCUGUUAUUGGAUCUCGUGGUGGUUUACCAGUUAGUUUCGGCACCCCAGGGUUGGUAGGAUUGGCUCUUUCCUAUGCAGCCCCAAUUGUGACUUUGUUGGGUAGCUUUUUAUCAAGUUUUACUGAAACAGAGAAGGAAAUGGUUUCUGUUGAAAGAGCUCUUCAGUAUAUGGACAUUCCUCAAGAAGAACUGCAUGGAUGCCAAUCCUUGAAUCCAGAUUGGCCAAGUCGAGGACUGAUUGAAUUUCAAAAUGUUACUUUGAGAUACAUGCCAUCUUUGCCAGAUGCACUUCAUGAUAUUUCUUUUACGAUUGUGGAAGGGAUGCAGGUUGGAAUCAUUGGAAGAACAGGUGCAGGAAAAUCUAGUGUUUUGAAUGCCCUUUUCCGCCUUACACCAAUAUGUGGUGGAUGUAUUUUGGUGGAUGGGAUAAACAUAGCUGAUGUUCCUGUUAGAGAUCUCCGUUCACAUUUCUCCGUUGUUCCUCAGAGUCCAUUCUUAUUUGACGGUUCAUUAAGGGAUAAUCUAGAUCCAUUCCGGGUUAGUGAUGACUUUAAGAUUUGGAAGGUUCUAGAGAAAUGCCAUGUCAAGGAUGAAGUAGAAGCAGCUGGAGGGCUAGAUGUUCACAUAAAGGAAGCUGGGAUGUCAUUUUCUGUUGGGCAACGGCAGCUGCUUUGCCUUGCACGUGCACUCCUCAAGUCUACGAAGGUACUGUGUUUGGAUGAGUGCACGGCUAGUGUUGACACUCAAACCGCUUCAGUAAUACAAAAUACCAUGUCUACUGAAUGCAGAGGCAUGACAGUGAUCACAAUUGCUCACCGCAUUUCCAUGGUCUUGAACAUGGACAAUAUCCUCAUUCUUGACCAUGGGAUCCUGGUUGAACAGGGUAACCCGCAGGCUCUCCUAAGAGAUGACUUCUCUAGAUUUUCAGGUUUUGCUAAAGCUUCCUCAAUGUGAAUACUCAACAAGUACAACCGCACUCAAAGCUGACAACAUGCGCUGUGAGUGUUUGCUUUACAUUGCAGAUCUGAUUAUUUAGUAUAACUCAGCUCAAUUGGAAGAGGCAACUACAUUGGUUUAAAACUCACCAUUCACCACAUCUCAGAACUAUAGUGGAUUUGUGUAUGAAAUAAAGACCUGAAACCAGAUUUAACAAUUAUUUUGAAUUUCUACAACAUGCUAAGUCAUUUCAUAUGUGACCAUUAGAAACUAUAUCAUUUCAACCUAGGGUUCUCAGCCUGAUCAUGAACUCAUGGUAAAAAGGUUCUGAUCUUUCCAAAA